CUCAGCUGCCUUUGGCGAAAUUUCUUUAUUGUCUUGCUAAGCAUUGUAGAUUGUGUUCGCUCUCUGUUAAAUAUUUGAACACGGUCAUUGGUAGAAUUUUUUUUCGUAUAUUUUUCAAUUUAUUUUGGCAUCCGUUCGCAUAGCUACACGUGGCCUUAGAUACAUUGGCACAAUUUCCUCUAAUUGUUACCAUAAUUCGACUGUUUUUGUUUUUGUUCAUUUUUUUUAGUCAGAGUUUAAUAUUAAUUUUUAUUUGUGUGUGUGUAUUUCAUAACGAGCACACCAAGUCAACGACAAUGCCAAAAAAAAGCGGGAUUCGACGCCAUUACCAAGAAGGCGCGCCAAGCGCAACGAUGGCGCCCAGACCAGUCAAGGAGAUGGUCAAACUGAAACCAGUGGAAGCAUGGGACAGCCGUCCUUUAGCUUAUCUAAUGAGCAGUUGCAGCAGGUGUCAGAAGCUGUAGCAAACAUCCUAAGCAAGCAGAGCGAGACAACCCCCCCAAUGCCCAUAGAGCCACUGGAAACCCCCAUGGCCACACGGGAACAGAGUCAAGGUACAGAACCCGUUUUGAUAAAUGACAAUUAUCUUGCAUUAACGACAAGCUACGACAAUGAUUUAGGCCAUAAAGUAUCAAAUAAAUUAAAACUUAAAAUUGUUAAUGGCGAGUACAUCAAUUUGGGCUUGUUGGUUGAAAAUUCAUAUGGGGCCGAUCCAAACGAUGAGACCAGAUAUUUUUCUAUGAAAGAGGGAAGCCUCACCCUGGUCCCCAAAUCUAAAGCAAAGGUAGUCAAUGACAUACAAGUAUGGACAGAUGCCUUUCUCAUUUACGCAUCGAUAUAUACCUCAGCCCAUCCCGAGAGCAGAGCUCAGUUAUUCAAAUAUAUUCAUACUAUUAGGUUAGGGGCAAAUAGAGUUAAGACUCUCGGGUGGCGUGAUUACGACAUCCAGUUCAGACUGAAGAAGGAGGCUAACCCAUCCCUCUCAUUUGCUGUUGUCGAUCAGGAGCUAUGGCUCUUGCAUAUGUACAGUCCCCCAAGCACCCAGACUUCCUCACAUCAGGCCCCCCUUCUAAAGUGUUAUGAAUUCAAUUACAAGGGCAUAUGUAAUAAACUUGUAUGUCAAUACAAGCACGAAUGUAUGAUAUGUUCACAAAACCAUCCCUACAUUAAACAUAAGACAUCCUCAGGCUCUAGUAUGAAUUUUAGGUCAACUGGUCUGCAAGCAACAUGGCGGCCUCAGCUACCCAGGAGACCCGCGGCACCAAGUUCAGCUAUUAGAGCACCUUAUACCCAAUCAGCUAGACCUCAGUAAUAUUGCAGCAAGCCCGAUUAACGUACCGAGAU